GCAACUUUGUCUUUAGCAUCGGGGUCUGCGCGCGGGCGCUGUUGGCAUCUGCCUGUGACUGGGUGCUGGCAAUGGCUAUUAGUGGGGCGACAGAGGCACAUGCGCGCUUGUCACUUGGAGCUGCCGAGACCACGAGGCCGACCGUGGCGACGAGCGUUGGGAAGCUUGCCAGGACGCCACGGGGCGCGUCCAAAGGGUCAUGGGGCAUGGCUGGAAAGCCGCCCAUGAUAGUAAGUGCGCCUAGCCGAAUUCCAGAUCUUUUCCGCAAUAUCAAGCAAUAAAUAUUGCUUAGAGAUUCGAGGGUGCAUAAUGUUCAAAAGCCAUCUCAUAACAAGGGAAUUAUCAGAAUCCCAUUGACUAUAGUUAGGGUCAGUCACCGCAAGUGCUUUCUUUUCUCUAGUAAUAUAACCAAGCAACUUUCUAGACUUAAUAAAAAGUAGACAAGAUCUUGACCAAGCAAGACAUGUACUAGUCCCAUCCAAUUUAACAGCACUAAUUUGAGACAUAGAAUUAUUAUCUGUUUUUGUAUCACCCAUAGUUUGAACAAGUAAUAAUUCUUAAUGUCAAAAAUCAAAUAGGGAUAAUCAGAAAUACAAAAAUAACCUUUUAGAGAUAGAAUCUGCCUGAUCUUGCCGGAAAAACUCACUGGAAAGCUGCAGAUCUCGUUGGAAAAGUAGCUGCCACACGGGAACUCAUAAGGAGUUUGUGUUGCAGACAACCACCAAGAGAGAGAAAACUCAACCCUCUUUGAUAAAACGGAACUCUAGUGUUGCGAAGGAGAUAACUCACCUCAAAAAGGCAGCAAUAGCUCUGAUACCAUGAUAAUGGACCUUGUACCUAACUCAACCCCAAAAGCUAGCUUAUGAGGUGAGCCAAGACCAUAUAAGGAGACCAAAGACCUCAAAUCCCACCGAUGUGGGACAACUCAACACCCCCCUCACGCCCAGGCCUGUAAACUGAAGCGUGGACAACAUAAAUGGGGGCCCAACAUCGGUAACAAUAAUUGAGAUGGGCCUGGCUCUAAUACCAUAUAGAUUUCAAGAAGAAGAAUGAAACUUCUUGUAUUUCAGUAUGUUUUUACAUCCAAUGAGCACUAGUAUUUAUACAGAGGUUCCUAUGGCUAAUUUAGGAAAGGAAAUCAAUUAAAGUUAUUUUACAAAUCAAUUAGAAUAAAAUCUCCUAGAAUAGAAUCAAAUCUCCUAAAAUUAAGUUUCGUACAAUCAAGCUAGUCAACAUAAUCAAAUCUCCUAAAAUUAAGUUUCCUACAAUCAAGCUAGUCAACAUAAUCAAAUCUCCUAAAAUUAAGUUUCCUACAAUCAAGCUAGUCAACAUUGUUUCUUUCAUGUGCUAUUCAGUCUGCUGUUUGUUCUUCUUACCCAGACAAGAAUCCACUUUUAGGCUGAAGCUUGUGACGGGAGAGAUUCAGAUAUCUUACCUCAUGUGCAAACCCUUAGAAAUUUCCCAGAGGAGGAACUAAUGGGAAAAGUUGUCAUGGUCAGAUUGGAUUUGACCAUCCUGCUAAGGGAGCAGAAGAAAAAGCAUUCGUCAGCAGCUCGUGUAAUUUCAACCAUCAAGUAUCUACACAAUGCUGGGGCAAAAUUAGUUCUAAUAAGUAGCUGGAGUCCGAAAGCUGAUUCACAGCUUCUGAAAUUGGAACGUGUUGCAGAAUUUCUAUCGUCAGAACUUGAACUAAAAGUCAUACCAGUGGAGCUUGGUUCUGGACUUGAGCAGUCUCUGAUGGAAGAUGGACAUAAUUCUGACAUCCUUCUGCUUGAGAACCUUUCUCAGUUUAAGCAGGAGCAAGCCAAUUGUUCAGAGUUUGCACGACGCCUAUCAUCUGGGGUCGAUAUCUUUGUUAAUGAUGCAUUUUUCCAAUCACAUAAGAUUCUUGCAUCAAAUGUUGGUAUUACCAGCUUCUGCUAUUCCUCCAUUGCCGGAUUUCACUUUGACGAGGGAAUGUCUCAACUGAAGAAGAUAAUCAAGAUGAACAAAUGGCCCUAUUAUGCAAUAAUUGGUGGAGCUAAUCUCGCUGGGAAAGCAGCAGCCUUGCAAUUUUUGGCAUCUAGAUGUGAUGGUUUCAUCUUUGUUGGAGAUGCUGCAUUUCAAAUCAUGCAUGCUUUUGGAUUACCUGUGCCUAUGGAAUUGGUGGAACAAGAAUCACUAGAAGCAGCCGAUAUGCUACUUGAGGCUGCAAAGGCAAGAGGAGUAAAAAUUGUAUUACCAAAAGACUUUUGGUGCGUCAAUGAUCAUUAUCCACUGCAGAUGAAGACCUUUCCUGCUAAUCAUAUCAUGGAUGGUAAAAGCUGGAAACCUGUUGAUGUUGGACCCAACACGUUGGAGGAAAUGAUUUCCGUGCUUUCAAGAUGCAAGAAAAUUUUGUGGAUUGGAGCUAUAAAGUUCGGCGCAUCAAAUCAAGAAUCUGCUGGAACGUCCAAAUUGGCUGCAAUACUUUAUAAUCUUAGUCAAAAGAACUGUGAUCUUAUUGUGGUUGGCAAACAGGCAUGUGAGACAUUUGUUGGGAAAUCAAGCUAUGUAAUGGCCGAUUUGAUUGAAAACGCUUCCAUUGUCUGGGAGUUUCUGAAAGGGAGAAAGCUUCACGGCCUCUUGGCACUAGAUAGAGCAUACCCAUUUGAGUUGAACUGGGAUGCUAUAUAUGCCAAUACGACACUACCUCUUGUUGUUGACGUAGGAAGUGGCAACGGCUUAUUUCUGUUCAGAAUGGCAAAGAUGAGGAAGGAUUGGAAUUUUCUUGGCAUGGAAAAUAAUGAAAAGUUGGUGAGCCGUUGUCUUGAUCAUGUUUCUCAAUCUGGCAUGACAAAUGGAUACUUCAUAGCGACAAAUGCCACAUCAACAUUUCAGUCCAUUGUUUCCAGUUACCCUGGUGAUCUGGUUCUUGUGUCAAUACAGUGUCCAAAUCCAGAUUUCAAUAAAACAGAAUACCGAUGGAGGAUGGUGCGAAGAUCAUUAGUUGAAGCAAUAGCAGACUUACUGGCUUCUGAUGGAAAGGUAUUUCUCCAAUCCGAUGUAAAAGAAGUUGCAGUGAGAAUGAAAGAAGAAUUUAUGAAAUAUGGUAAGGGUAAGCUCACAGUAGUGCAUGAUUUGGAAGAUAGCACCAGUCAUCAAGAUAGGUGGUUGAAGGAAAAUCCCUUUGGCAUUCGAUCGGAUUGGGAGCAACAUGUUAUAGACCGUGGAGCUCCUAUGUACAGAUUACUGCUAUUGAAAUCUUCUCCUUCUGGUUGAAAUAGUUGCAACACAGUGGAUCAUUCAUGAACAAAAUCAUACUUAAAAGGAUGUCUACAGAUCAAACUGUGGUUGAGUGGCUAUUCUUCUCUCUCCGAGAAAAAUACUGUCCGGACCUCCUGUCCGUUGUUGGCACAGUUAGCAUUUUGGUACUGAGUAGAUAGUCUCGUAGUUUGAACAGAGAGCACGCUGAAAAGAAUGGGAGCUGCAAUACAUCAACAACUACUACUAUUACUACGCCUCAGUUCCGAAAUAUGAAUUGGCAGGUUUUACGCUGGCUGCCAGCCUACCACAACCUUCCUCCUUUAUCCGAGCUUGGGGACCGGCAAUGUAAGCGAGCUCACAGAAAGUGAGAAUUCAGGCUUUCCACAGUAUAUUGUAGUGACCUGUGUGUAGCAGAAGAUGAUAGUAAGACGUAUUCCGAUUGAGGCUACUCAAUUGUACCUGCAAUGUAUUUGAAACAGAGAAAGAAGCUGGAUUUCCAUUUGAAAAAGAUGCAGACACCAGAAGUUAUCUUCCUUGUCUCCUCAUCUAUGUAUCUAUGACAAUGUAAACAUUAAUCUUAGUGUUAUGUUAUAUUGUGUAGCAUGAGAGUUAAGGUUGUUUCAUGCUGUAAAUUUCGUUUGCCUUUAUAUAUUUUAGGAAUCAUCUUUAUUAGGUAAUUCUUGUUAAGAGGGCUGACUUUGAAAAUGUAGUUGAAAGGGAAUACUUUUUCUUGCUUC